CUCUGCCUGACAAUACCGAACUUCGUCAGCGUCUUGCCGGCUUAUACCUUGGUGAUGCCAAUAUUGCGUCUAAGGCUGUCUGGGUUUAUGCAAAGGCUCGACGCUGUCACGUCCUCUGCCUUCAUGGCGUCAAUAAGACCACUCUCAAUCCCACACCUGUGGUGCUUCAUGGAAUCUUCACCUUGGCCCGACACCCAUUCAAGCUAGUUCCUGAUGGCGGUUUUCUCGAGUCUACUGCCGAACUAUACUUUGGUCACACACCCUUCACGAGGCAAUGGCAAGAACAAAUGCUUGGGCAUGGCUGGAGAAAGUUCAUGACAAGGACCUUCUUGGAUACAAUGACUUUUCGCAGUACAUCAAGAACCUCAAGGGCUUUGAGAGUUUAAUGCAUGCCGGUGAUUCGCUGCAACACUCGUUGGUCAAUGAUGAAGGUGCAACUGGCCCGCAGGUCAAAGUCAUUCAUAGGAUGUUCGAGUCCUGCUGGGAUACGAUUCGUGUGACAACAACACCUCAGCAAGAUAUUGAAGCCAAGUUGAAGAUGCGGUACAAGCUUACCCCUGGGGAUCACCCUGUUGCUGUGAGAUUGGCUAACAGUAAAAGCCCUUCCUGCAGCGGAACAGUAACACCAUUAGAUGAUCCACUCACGCUACAGACGGAGCGUACGACACCACCAACAGAGCCCAGCACACCAGAAAACAAAGCCAAAGCAUUACCGGAAUUGGGUGGAUACGAUGAUAGCAGCGAUGAUGAAUCGGUCCAUGGCUUCUUGGGGCCCGAGUUUGGUUUGGAACACUGGCCAGUGGUGCCAGAAAACAUUGACCUCCGAGACAAGAUGUUCGAGGAGAAAAGAUGGCAGACGAAUCCUCUUCGCGCAUAUCGUGAAGGAAUUGAAGGAGUUAUUGCUCCUUCGGAGUAUGCAACUGCACUUCCAGGGGCCACUGUACAAAUGUCUUUUACACUUGCGUGCCACUUGAUAGGAUCUCGCACCGGGAAGAAAACAACUUUCUCCGCACGUGUUGAAGAGAUAAUAAUCCUCAAAAAACCAGCCACUCUUGUCAGUAAUCGUACAGAUUGUCACGACCCGGCGUUCCCCGGGGCCAGACGACCUCCUCCCUGACCCUCUCCCACGCCCGAACACUCCCCGCACACUCCGCUCGCCGCCCGUCGCCGUCUAACCACUUCCUGCCACCUCUCCACAACCCCUCUCUUGAUUGUCGUUGAACGACCUAGCGGCGCAGAGCGCCGCGACCUGUUGUUCCAUGCUUCGCCGCACCUUGUUACCUCGCGGCGAAGGUCACGCUUGACCUUCGCUGUCGUGAACACGUGCUCUUUGUUUGUUUUCCUCUUUCCUUUCUCCGCCCGCAAUCUCCGCGAGAUCUGGCGACUUAUUCCCCAUUCAGUUCCCUAGCGCUUAUAUACAGCUUGUAGCUAAUGCUUGUACUGUAG